AUGUCUGAACCUGUCGAGUUACGUCCAGUGACUUUUCACCCUGAAGUCCUGGCGAGAAUUGCGCCAGACUUGUAUAUGCAAAGACAUUUGUCGUUGGGAUUGCGACCAAGUUUGCGAGCUUUUGAAGAGUUUAGAAACGUUGAGAUCAGCGACGGGAGAUUGUCUUGCGCGUCUGAAGACAGUAUUAAUGUGGUUGGAAACAAUAUUUUGGGUUCCAACGUACUCAAAUGCGGGAAAACCAUGGUCAUAACGUCUAUUACUGGAGGAAUAGUGGAAGAUGUAGUUCCUGCAAAGUCGGUAGAUAACGACUUUUCAGAGCCAUCUGAACGCACAAAUCGGGUGUCACAGUUUGGCCGUGUCUAUCCCGUUGUGGAGGUCGAGAGAGGCCGGGUCGGGGCUCCUACAGACGAAGAAAUGACUCUGUCCCAGAGACUUUACAACUGCAUCUUGCACUCUGGUUUGAUACCCAAGAGAGCACUUGACGUAUCAGUGGGUAUCAGGUCUACAAACUCAGAGGGAGAAUCCAGCGUUGUGUAUCCAGACGAGGAAGACAGUUCCAAUGCUGUCGACACGCCGUUUAGAUCUAAAAGAAAAUGGUCCUACACACUUUAUGCCAAAAUCCAAGUUUUCAGUCGAGACGGACCUUUGUUCGAGCUGUGCUGGAAUUCAUUACUUUACGCUUUGGCGAGUACCAAACUUCCCAGGGCAUUUGUGGAUGAACGCACAACUGACCUGAAAAUUCCAAUCAGUAUGAGAGGACGUAGUGCUGUGAUUCGAGAGACGUUCGAAAUCAUUUGUGAUCCAACCAAAUAUUUACCAUUGAGUCUUGAUGCGGCGAACAAAGCAUUUGCGUCAAAUUUUGGCGUUCUUGAAAUAGAUCCGGAAGCUCAGUUACCAAAGGACGAUGAUGACAUGCAAGAGGACGUACCGGGUUCCGUAUUACUUGCUGAUGUACAAGGAGAAUCUGAGGAAGCUUCUGUAAGCUCUACAAUCUCGGUGGUCACGAAUGCUGAUGGGAACAUAAAACAUUUCAGAGCUGUGGGCGGUACUUCGAAAAUUACUAUAGAGAUGAUACAGCAAUCCAUCAAGUUGGCAAAACUUCGAGCCUUGGAUUUGAAGGCCAAGUGUUGA